GAGAGAGAGAGAAAGAAAAAGAAAGAGAGAGAGAGAGAUUGAGAUCGGACCGGACGAUCCCACCUGUGAUCUGUAAUCUGUGAUCUGCUUGUGAUCCCCUGCGUCCCGCGAUCCCGACGGACGUCGUCUCCAGCCGAGACCGAAUCCCCCCUCCCCCUCCCGACGCGAUGGACAUCGACGCCGAGACCUGUCUCAAGGACUGGAACGACCUGGCGCAGGACUACAAGGAACUCGAGGCACUAAAUAGGGAAUAUCUUUUGAAAUUGGAAGAAAUUGGUGAGCUGCAAGCAAAAUGUGUCAAAGGUAUCUCCCACCAGAAAUACCGGAUGGGUGUAAUAUCCAAGUCUUUGAAACAGCUGAGUACAAAAGAAGCACGAGAAGACUUGCGGAAAUCUAUGACGAGGAGAGAACAGCAGCUUAGGGAGAUGGAACAAACGCUACCUAAACAAAACGGCGUUUACUUACAAAUUAUUCUGGGCAGUGUCAAUGUCUCCAUAUUAAAUAACAACGACAAAUUCAAGUACAAAGACGAAUAUGAGAAAUUUAAACUAGUGCUAUCGGUAAUUGGAUUCGUACUCUCUGUAUUAAAUCUAUUUACCAACAUAAGGACCUUAGAACUUAGUUUCAUGUUUCUCCUCGUCUGGUACUAUUGCACGUUAACGAUAAGAGAAAGUAUACUCAAAGUGAACGGAUCAAAAAUUAAGGGCUGGUGGAGAUUCCAUCAUUUCCUCUCGACAGUGAUAUCUGCUGUUCUACUAGUCUGGCCAAACACGGGACCGUGGUACCAGUUUCGCCGCCAGUUUAUGUGGUUCAACGUGUAUAUCAGUGUAGUUCAGUACUUGCAAUUUCGGUACCAACGCGGCGUUUUGUACCGGUUAAAAGCGCUGGGCGAGAGAGACAAUAUGGAUAUCACCAUCGAGGGAUUCCAUUCAUGGAUGUGGCGCGGUCUCUCGUUUCUGCUGCCGUUCCUCUUCGCCGGUUAUUUCUUUCAGCUUUAUAACGCGUACACGCUAUACGAAUUAUCGUACCAUCCAGAGGCGACGUGGCAUGUAUCGGUGCUCAGCGCCAUGUUCCUCUUACUAUUUGUGGGAAACUCGGCCACCACCAUCAUGGUAAUCCCGCAGAAGCUCGUCAAGGAACGCGUCAAGGAGCAUCUGUUCGCGUCUAAGCCCGUUCGCAGAAAGGAGGGAAGCGCGCGCGAUAAGGACAAUAAAGAUGAAAAGAGUGAGUGAAGGAAAGACGUUGAGUACUUCUGACCUUUCUGGUGAAAUUGAGGCUCGGCUGGAUUAUGAGAAUAAAUUGGGAAGAAUUGUAAAGGAGAAGAUGACUACGCUGUCUACGCUAUAAAAUGGUGUUGGUGCUGGCUCUAAAAUAUAACGAACCGUACUUUGUUGCGUUGAGCAAAGGUGAAUUAAUAACACAUACAUACACACAUAUACAACGUGAGUGACUGAUCACAAAUAAAGAAGUUUUUAUUUACUAUACUCUUGGAUAAAGUCCAUUGUCAAGUGCUUUCGAGAAUGUUCUUUGUACUCUCAACCGUCCUGAAAUAAACUUGCCUAAUUCCAACAAUAGGCUUCUCAACGAA